GUCACAUGACAGGAGGACUUCCAGGAACGUGUUUAGUGAAGCGCCUUGCGAGGGUCCCAAAGAAGCAGAAUCUUGCUUGAACCGAGAAAAUGACUGCCGUGGCCCCUGUAGAACACAGCACAGUGCCGAGGGAGUUGCAGUUCAAAGUGCUAGUGAUUGGGGAAUUUGGUGUAGGUCUGGGGAGUAACAAGAGAUCUAUUUCAAAUUGUAAAAGGGAACAUGUGCAGUAAAUCAUUUGAAUAAAUUGAAUGUGUGCAAUACAGAACAGUUCAUCUGUGAUAAUUGUAUCUGACUUUGGAGUAAUGCAGCUUCUCAUGAGGUUAUCCUGAAUUAAGAGGUAUCAUAUGCUAAUUGCGUACGCACUUUGUACCUGAUUGUUAUUUGUUGAUAGUUCACUUCGUCAUCAUGAUGAAUAAUAAGUGGAAGUUGUGUUGAAGGAUCAACGGAUCAUUUCACAGAAAUGAGACUGAUUGUUCGGGGUGAUAGAUCUGGUAAAUAUGUAAAGUAAGGUUUAAUUUUCAAAAUCCUUGUUGUCACUUAAAGCACAAAUUCCUGUUGACAAGUAAAUUUGGUAAAACACUUUAUAGUAGUUCUAUAAGACUGCGUUCAAUCCCUUAAAAUAUUUAGGCUUUAUUAGAUUUGCUGCAGUUGAUACAAUUUGUGUUCAUGUAAGUAGUUGUGUUGUCACAUUAGUUAUAUGGAAAGUGAAUUGUUUUCAUUUGUUUCUACUUUUAAUCACUUGUUUACCUCAUAGUAUGGAAAUCAGCUUUGGCACAUUUAAGCUGUAAUCACCACUGUAGUUUUUGUGUAGUUUCAGCGUAAAGAAAGCUUUUCAAAGUAAUAGAA